CGCCGCUCCUCUUUCUUACUCCGGGACUCCCAAUCAGGUGCCUCUUACACCCGUCGUUGUCCGUGGAUCGACAUGCUGAUGGUGUGGACGGGUCCCCUCGUCAAAGCAAUUGAGGGAUUCUGGAGUUCCACAAGGCCUUAAGAGGCAUCCAGGGAAAUGCCUCCACCGAUCUGCUUGCUGCGACACCAUGACCCCUGGGACGGACCCAACCUUUUCAACAAUGCUGCCUGCAACAGGAGGGUGCAGUGCAAACUUUUUCCACUCUUCAGCCUUAUAAUACCUCAGUUCGAGGAAACUUUCACUAGAAUUCAUCCCUUAGCUUCACUUGACGGCUCCCUAGCUUCGUUCUGAAUUCGUACUAUAACUCUGCGGCGCCUCGUUCCUAGUGCCUAUCCUAUAUAUUCUUUCCCCUUUCGAGAAGAAAGUGCUUCACAGCCAUCCACUUUCACGAUGGGGUUUGGCGGCGUUAUUCUCCGCUUUUUUAACCUAGCCAUCCGCGUCCUUCAGUUUCUCGAUGGCGCGGUGAUUCUUGGAAUCUUCUCCUACUUCUUGGCCGUCCUUACCCGUCAUGACCAGGCCAUCCCUCAAUGGAUGAAAGCCACUGAGGGUCUGUCCGGUGCGGCAACCCUCUACGGACUGUUAGGCAUCCUCUUCACCUGCUGCCUGGGAGGAGUCGCCUUUUUCGCUACUCUGGCCGUCGUCCUUGAUGUCUGCUUCGUCGGAGCCAUGAUCGCUAUUGCAAUAAUGACUCGCGACGGCACACAGAAAUGUACCGGCCGCGUCGAUACCCCCCUGGGAUCGGGCGACAGCAACGCAGAGUCGCCAUCCAAAGUGAAAUACGGGUUUGCGUGCGAGCUCCAAAAAGUCACAUUCGCGGUCGCGAUUAUCGGAAUCUUUUUCUUCCUGAUCUCCAUUCUCUUCCAAGUCCUCUAUGCCCGCCACCACAAACGCGAGAAGCGCUUCGGCCCGUCCCCUGCCAAUGGCUACACGUAUGGAACUCGCCCUCGUGCUUUCUGGCGUCGCAAGAAGAACAACCUAGAUAGUGCCAGCGGCGACGAUAUGCUCCCAACUCAUCCCACUCCUAAUGAUGUUGAAUUGGGGCCUACAUCAGAGAAGUCCGGCGGUAUCGGUAGUCUCUUCUCUCGCAAUAAGGAUACCGCACCUGGUGUGCCACAGAACGGCUAUGGCUACGGUAACUCCGCGUAUACAGGCAAUUACUGAGACACACAUUCCAUACCACGUUCGGAAUGUCAUUGCUAUGCUUUAUCUCAUAGUGUGCCUAACCUCUUUUUUUUUAGAAAAAAAAAAGGGGGAAAGUGGGGUGUGAAAAUCUCCGGCAUGGUGACUCGAAAGUUUCACCACGGCUCUAUGUCCGCUCGGGAGACGACCCUGAGCAAUGCUUUCUCUUCUUAUCUGGCUAGAAAGGUAAUAACGUCUACGAUUAAUGAUUUUAAAUAAGAUACCAUGGUAUGUUAGGAUUUGGGUAAAGUUCACUUUCCUGUAUAUUACUGUUGGACGGCUAUGCCUAUCUUAGGAUUUAAUGAAGCAAUUUAUCACCUAUGUGAUCAAUAUUCCAUCAUCCAUAAUAUUCCUAUAUAUAACCACCGAUAUAAUAGAAUGCUAAUAAAUG